UACCUCCAACUCCGACUCCGAGCUCUCCUUGUGGAAUGACGCAGUAUGGAAUGCCGACGUAGUAUGAGGUUGUCCCCGACAGCCUACUCCAUACAGUAAGACAGUAGGGUAUAUAUAGUGUGGCAUGUUCGCCUCCAUCCAUCAUCCAUCAUCCAUCAUCACUUCACUUCACUUCACACCCAGACAAAGCAAUCGAUACUACACUCUACAGCUACCAUGGCCCAAACCCUUGACCCGACCAAGCCCCCUACCCAAGGAGGCGUCUGGAACAACGAUGGCCGCGAGCUCAAACUCCUUGAGUUCAUCUACAGCCAACCCAACCUCGAUGCUAUCCAAGGCCACCCGCAGAAAAUCCUCGACCUAAUCGACGAAUUCGGAAAACAAUACCUCUUCAUGAACGUCGGUUCCGAAAAGGGCAAGGUCGUCACGGAUCUGAUUGAUGAGAUCAAACCGCACACGAUGAUCGAGUUGGGCUGCUAUGUGGGUUACUCGGCCAUCCUAUUCGGAGACGCUGUUCGUCGGAAUGGCGGGAAGAGAUUCCUGAGUCUGGAAUUGAAUCCCGUCUUCGCUGCUAUCGCGAAUAUGCUAGUUGAUCUGGCCGGGUUGCGCGAUUUCGUUCGCAUCAUCGUCGGUCGCAGCGACGCAUCACUGCACAAGCUCUAUACCAGCGGCGAAGUAAACCACGUCGAACUCAUGUUCAUCGACCACUACAAACCCGGUUACACAAGCGACCUCAAGCUUUGCGAGCAUCUCGGCAUGGUAUCUCCCGGAUCUGUCUUAGCGGCCGAUAACGUCAUUUAUCCCGGAAACCCGCCGUACCUGGAGUACGUGCGGAGUACGGUCGAGCAGAAGCGGGAGGCGGCGAAGAGUACCACGGGGGGUUAUGACAAGAGAGGUAUUUCGGAGUGGACUUCACAGGCGUUUGUGGGCAAAGAUGAUAAGCCACUGUUUGAUGUUGUCGGGAACCCGAAUUUGGUGUAUGAGAGUACGCUGAACCAGCCGGAAGGGCUGGGGGAUGCUGUUGAGGUGACCCGGUGUGUGGGAGAGGAGAAGGCUUAGUCUCUUUUAUAGAAUAGACUAUUGUUAACAUGAGAAUGGCAUUCAUUAUUGUCUGGAAUUGACUGUCCGAAGCAAGAUAAAUCGGGGCCACCGAGAUGAAUUCCGAGAGUCGGCUUUUGACUGCCCCGCCUUCCAUCGCG